AAAUUAUGUCACAAAAUCAGGAAACAGUCAAAUAACAAACAAUAAAAAUUUUGAAAAACAAUAAACGGAAAAAGUUUUUGUAUAGCAAUUCGAUAAAUGGCAGAAGAGCAAAAAGAUUUUGCGUACAAAAUUGAAAGCACACACACCUUUUACAACAGCGAAUAUAUAUUUAUUAAUUGAAAAAUUAUUAAAUUAUACAUUUUCCCAAAGCGAAAUGGAGCAGUUACGCGAUGCAAGUAUACAUCACACGGCGCAAAAGCUGGCGCACGCCAUCAAAGCGAUGAAAAACUAUGAAGAGAUUUUCAAAAAAGUGCAGCAACUCGCAUGCAGUCCCGGCGUGGAUAAGCAUGACCUACGCAACACACUGGAGGACGCUAUCAAAUCGACAGGACUCGAAACGGAAAUUCGUAAUAUUGUCUUUCAUUUAGUGCGCAACACACUCAUCACAGAGCCCAAGUCGCAGGAGAAACUAGCACAUGGCACCGAUCCCUUGGCGUACUUGCGACGCUCCGCCGUACAAUGGGAUCGACGUGUGCGUAAAAGUUUGAAUGCCAUGUGUGCUGAGCUGAGUAUGCCACUGCAGGGGCAACCGCGCACGGUUAUAGAUCGUGAUGAGUUGAUUAGUAAAUGGGAAGAGUUGAGUAAUUAUACGAUAGAUCUCUCCAACUAUCGACCCGUCUAUGCGCCUAAAGAUCUUUUGGAUGUUCUUCUCUCACUGAAAGGGCCACAAAAACCAGUGGAAGAUACUGAGUUUGUACAAGUACCAAAUUGGGAAUUCUCACACAUUGAAUUGCCGGUUAAGAAUCUUUUUGAAUUGCGUCUGCUCUUCGCUGAGCUCUUUCGCAAGGAUGCCACAACCACUAAUUUAGAUUUACCGACGCAAUGUAAACGCAUACUGGAGACCAAGCAAUCGCCACUCUGUCAACAUUUUCUCAAGAAGGGCAAAACACCAGCGCCAUUUCGUGGUGAAUUAUGGUCAUUUGUGCUAUCGCAUGGCAAUGAUAUGCACGGACAGGAAUGCGAACAUUGGGCACGCCUACGCAACAAAGUCUUAACCACCGACCACAUUGUUGAUAAAUUAAUUUUCAAAGACAUCCAGCUGACAGCCUCAAAUGACGAUCAAUAUUUCGUUUUCGAAGAUGUGCUCUAUCAGAUAAUGCUUUGCUUUUCGCGCGACACGGAAAUCGCAAGUCAAAUUCAGUUUGAAAAGUAUCCAGUGAAGGGUAGAAACUAUGAUGGACCGCCGUCGGGUGUGGUGCCCUUUCAUGGCAUUUGUAUGUUUGCGGCGCCAUUUUGUUAUCUCUAUGAUUCGUCAAUAAAUUUAUACUUUACAUUUCGAGCUUUCUACAUACGUUACUGUCAUCGCUUGACCACAAUAAAUACACAUCCGCAGGGGAUAGUUAGCUUAUGCCUGUUGUUUGAGAAACUGCUGCAAACGCACGAACCGCAGUUGUGGUCACAUUUUCGCGAGCUGCAAAUACAACCCAUACGCGUCGUCUUCAAAUGGCUUAUGCGUGCCUUUAGUGGUCAUCUGCCGCCUGAUCAGUUGCUUAUUUUGUGGGAUUUGAUACUCGGCUACGACAGCCUGGAAGUGCUCUCACUCUUUGCCAUCAUAAUUUUAAGUUUUCGCAAAGAUAGUCUCAUGCAAGUGACAUCACUGGAUAAUAUAGAGGCAAUAUUAGCGGAUUUGUCAUCGAUAAAAGUCUUGCCGCUGAUACAGUUGGCGUUGUGUCGUGAUUGAAGAAUAUUGUGUCUUGGAGCAAAGAUUAAUCAUAUGAUUAAUUUAGACCCAUUAAUUUGUGCAAUGAAAAUUGUUUAUAUGUAUAUGUGAUAUUUUUAGUAAAUGUGAUCGAAUAAUGAAUUCCUUUUUGUAUGUAUAAGUAUAUAUUUGUAAAUUAAUUUUUUUAAUAA